AUGACUCCCUCGUCCCAUGGGAUGCGGCUGCAGCUCACCUCAAUGCCGCCUGAGAUACUACACCUCAUCGCCCAAGCUUACAUAGGCGACCUUAACCUUUCGUCCAAUAACGUCGCCUCGGUCCUCUCCGCCUGCUCUCUCUUCCGUGACCUCUUUCUACCCAAGCUCUACGCUUCGAUCACGAUCCACUCUGUAAGCCAGCUAUCUCGCUUCGUCUCUCCCAGCUCCGGCGCGCGUGUCUACUCACCUCAAUACACGCUGGACAGCCUCAUUAUCAACAUUGCUGGAGUACCAGGUGGAGGCGAUGGAACGUGGGCACCAACUGUAGCCGGAAUGUCACGAUCGCGCGAUCGACUCUUGCUCGCUUCCCAGGCGCUGGCGUUGUGUUGUCAAGUGCGGAAUGUCUCGCUCGAGUUUUUCAGCAUUCGACAUUCAGAGAUCCUCACCUCGGACGAGUUUCGAUGGACAGAGGCAAAAGCAUUUGAGGACGCGGUGAAAGGGUUGAGCAGAGUGCGCAAAUUCAGAUGGGUGCCGCCGAGAUGCGAUGCAAAUGCAAUCAUAGGGUUGAGCAUCGUCAUUGUAGAUCAGGUCAUUCCGUCGCUUGCCAAAGGACUUUGCGGAUGUCACGAGCUCGAGACGCUCGAGUUGUGGAAUACGAUGCUGCCAGAGAGCGGAGGUGCCGACUUGGCUCAGUCGCUUAUUCGCAUUACGCAUCAACGCAAGCGACAAGGUGUUGAUCGGCCACUUGAACUCAAUCUCCGCUCCGUGACCGGCUUGGACCCCAAGACAGUCUCGGAUCUUGCGCUAUCUCGGCCACCCAUCAAGAUCAACAUUGCAGAUGGAUUCGUUGGAUCCAUCUGGGGCGCCAGAAUCGAUAAGCACGCGGUGCAAGAGUGUAUGCGUGCUACUCUCAGUCCCACUGCAUCUACAACGAGCAGCAACACGGCUUCGCCCACAUUGUCAGAGACAUCCAACAUCGACACAAGUCGAGCCACGACGCCAGAGAUGCUAAUUCACGACACGCUGGCCAAGGCGAGCGAGAAUAUCCGCAUCAUCGAGUUGCAAGGUGGAAUUGCUGGCUCGCGAAUUUUAGCACACUGA